AUGACCCUCCAACCAUAUAAGACCACCCCAUGGCUCUCCAUCGCCCUUCGGAAGCAGACCUCACUCUACGUCAAGCCUGAAGUUGAAGAGUCCGAGGCUUCUUGCGCAAUGGGUAACAGCCCCGAUGUCAUCGAUGAAGUUGAAAUGUCUGAGGCUUCCUGCACUGAUACGCCUACCAGCGCGCUUACUUUGGCGUGUCAGAUGGAAAUGCCUCCUGGCACUGAACUCCAGGAUUCGGAUCUUGAGCACGAUGGCGAUGAAUCUGUGACUGAAGGUGCUACCUCUGGGUCUUUCUACAUUGUGGAAAACAGCCCUGUGUCCACCGACGCCGUCGGAAACAACCCCGAUGCCUAG